UUUUUUUUUUCUUCAACAUAAAUCAUGGUUUUAGCUGAUUUAGGUCGUAAAAUCAAUUCAGCUUUUGCUGAAUUGACAAAGGCACCUGUUAUUGAUGAAAAAGUUCUUGAUUCUUUAAUAAAAGAAAUUUGUGCUGCAUUACUAUCAUCAGAUGUUAAUGUUCGACUUGUUCAAAAAUUACGUACAAAUAUUAAAAAGAGCGUAAAUUUGAAUGAAUUAGCCAAUGGUACAAAUAAGAAAAGAAUGAUUGAAAAGGCUGUCAUGGAUGAAUUAUGUCAUUUAGUUGAUCCUGAAGCACAACCCUAUAAGCCUGUUAAACGCCGAACCAAUAUUUUUAUGAUGGUGGGUCUUCAAGGUGCUGGUAAAACCACAACCUGUACCAAGAUUGCUUCAUUUUAUCAACGUAAAGGUUGGAAAGUGGCCUUAGUUUGUGCCGAUACCUUUCGUGCUGGUGCCUUUGAUCAAUUAAAACAAAAUGCUACAAAGGCUAAAAUUCCUUACUAUGGUAGUUAUACGGAAACAGAUCCUGUUGCAAUUGCUUUAGAAGGUGUAGAAAAAUUUAAGGCCGAGAAAUUCGAAAUUAUCAUUGUGGAUACCUCUGGUCGUCAUAAACAAGAAAUUGAAUUAUUUGAAGAAAUGAAACAAAUCUCUAAUGCAGUUAAACCAGAUACAACUAUCUUUGUUAUGGAUGGUACAAUUGGUCAAGCUGCUGAAUCUCAAGCCAAGGCUUUCAAAGAAGCUGCUGAUUUUGGUUCGAUUAUUAUCACUAAAAUGGAUGGUCAUGCUAAAGGUGGUGGUGCCAUCUCUGCUGUUGCUGCAACACAUAGUCCUAUCAUUUUUAUUGGUACAGGUGAACAUCUUCAGGACAUGGAACGAUUUGAACCCAAAUCAUUCAUUCGUAAAGUACUUGGUAUGCAUGAUAUGCGUGAUGUGAUUGAACAAGUUCAAGAUACGAUGCAAACAACUGAAAGUAAAAAAUUGAUGAAAAACAUUGAAAAGGGCCAAUAUUCUCUUCGCGAUAUGUAUGAUCAAUUCCAGCAAGUAGCAAAGAUGGGUCCUCUUUCAAAAUUAAUGGGAAGUAUACCUGGAAUGUCUCCUGAAAUGAUGGCAGGAACUGAACAAGAAAGCUCAAAGCGUAUGAAGCGUAUGAUGUGUAUUAUGGAUAGUAUGACUGAUGAAGAGCUUGAUGGAGAUCAUAAACCUUUUGAUGAUAUAAAUAGAGUUAUUCGUGUUGCUCGUGGAUCUGGUACAACAGUUCACGAAGUCCAAGAAAUCUUGAGUCAAUAUAAGAAAUUUGCAGAUAUGGUAAAGACAAUGGGAGGUAAGAAUGGUCUCAUGCAAAACAUGCCUACAGAUCCUAGAAAGAUGAGUCCUGCUCAAAUGGCACAGAUGGGUAGAAUGCAACAACAAAUGGCAAAUAUGGUCCCUCCUCAUUUAUUACAACAAAUGGGUGGUAUGGAAGGCCUACAAAGAAUGGCAAGACAAAUGGGUGGCUUAUUUGGUCGUGGAGGUGGAUUAGGUGGUGGUGGUGGAAUGCCUGAUAUGGCACAAUUAAUGAAAGCUAUGAAUCUUGGCUAAAAUUGAUAUUCAUAUAUUCCUUUUCUUUCUUUCUUUCUUUUUAAUUACGCAAAUACAUUUAUAUAUAUAUUAAAAUUUUUUAUUAUGUAUUAGAUAAUACAUUUUUUUUUCCCUUCUUCU